CACACAGAUGGCUCUGCAUCUGGUGCAUUGCUGACGUGCAGCUGGAUUCUGAUCGAGAGCUGCAGUGACGGAGUGUGCGCUCAUCAGUGCUGGAUAACGCACUUGGAGCAUCACAUCAGUGUCCACUUCACUGCUAUUAACUUCUGGGGGAAAAAAAACAAGAAGACAUGAAUCAGACCGCUGGAGUGUCCAACCACUGCCAGAGGCGCUCAUCCAUCGAUGUGAAGGAUGUUGGAAGUGUUUCCACUGAGAUGAACUGGAAGGGAGUGGGAAUCUCACUUCUGGUCAUUGCAUUUGUGCUGUCACUGAUCGGAUUGUCCAUCUUUCUGCUGUCUAAAGGCGAUGCUCACCACACUUUGGGAACCUGUCUGACCCUGGAUGACCUUUUCUCCAGUGAGCUGCAGAAUCAUGAUCUCGAAGCUCAGUGGGUUUCUGCUCAGCGACUCGUCUACAAGGACAGACACGGAGAUCUAAAGAUGCUGAACAUGGAGACCAAUCAGACAGAUGUUUUGAUGAAAAACACCACAUUUGCAGAGUUCAAGGCCUCCAAGUUUGCCGUGUCACCAGACCUCAAAUAUGUGUUACUGGCAUAUGAUGUCAGAAAGGUGUAUCGAUACUCCUACCUGGCAUCUUACUUGAUCUACAACUUACAAACACGGGAAGUGCAUGAACUGAAUCCUCCGGAGGUCUCUGAUUGUGUUCUACAGUUUGCAUCAUGGGGAAAUCACAGCCAACAGCUGGUGUACAUAUUUGAGAAUAAUAUUUACUAUCAGCCAGAUGUGAAGAGCAGUUCUCUCAGACUGACGUCAUCGGGGCGAGAUGGCCUCAUAUUUAAUGGAAUAACUGACUGGCUUUAUGAGGAGGAGGUCCUGCACUCUUCAGCUGCUCACUGGUGGUCUCCAUCAGGCUCCAGUCUGGCAUUUCUCACCAUCAAUGACACUCUGGUGCCCAACAUGUAUCUGCCGCGUUUCACAGGAAUGCUUUACCCUCGCGGACAACAGUAUCCAUACCCGAAGGCUGGACAGAUGAAUCCCGAAGUUACACUCUAUGUAAUCAGUGUGAACGGAUCUAUGCACGCUACACAACUCCUGUAUCCUGACAGCUUACAGAGAAGGGAUCUCUACAUCAGCAUGGUGCAGUGGGUGACGGACGAGUGUCUCGCUGUACGCUGGUUAAACCGUCCUCAGAACUCCUCCAUACUCACACUCUGCUACACACACACGGGGAAAUGUGUGCCGAAGCAUGUCAUGACAUCGGACAAAUGGAUUGACAGACAGAAUGAAAAACCAGCUUUCUCUAAAGAUGGAGAAACGUUUUUCGUGACAUUGCCCCUCAGAAGUGGAGGCCGUGAAUCCUUUAGACACCUUACUAUGAUGUCAGAGCAGCCUGAAGGUAAAGAGAUCAGCAUGCGACACCUGACCUCAGGCACCUGGGAGGUCACAGAGAUACUGACCUAUGAUGAAAAGUGGAAUUCAGUAUAUUUUCUCAGUAAUGAAGCUGGAUUCAGUCAAAGGCACCUGUACAGAGUCAGCACAGUGGACCCGUUCCAUCGCAAGUGCUUGAGCUGUUCUGUGUUUAAACCUCACUGCUCAUUUUAUGAAGCAUCAGUGAGUCCAGACAGACAGGCCGUCCUGCUGAACUGCAGGGGUCCAGGAAUCCCCAAAACCACUGUGCACCUUCUCAGCAACAUGAUCGAUCACGUGACUAUAGAUGCGGGCCUGGAGAUCAGAGAAUUUCUCAGAAAGAAACAGAUUCCAGUUAGACAAAUCAGGAAUUUACAGAUUAAUAACCAGGCACUGAAACUUGAGCUCAGCUUCCCUCCGCAGUUUGAGGAGAGUAAACAGCAUCCUGUCCUGCUGCUGCUGGACUCUCAUCCCGGUGGUCAGCAGGUGAACGAGCGCUUUCGUCUGGAUUGGGCUGAUGUGUUGGUCAGCUGUGAUGAUGUGAUCGUGGCCCGGCUGGACGGCAGGGGAAGCGGCUUUCAGGGCCAGCAGAUCCUCCAAGAUGUUUACCAGCGUUUGGGACUCGUGGAGACGGAGGACCAGCUCUCUGUUUUACAGUAUCUGACGGAGCAGCCGUAUAUUGAUGGAGGCAGAAUUGGGGUUUUUGGCAAGGCAUAUGGUGGGUUCCUGAGCUCCAUCCUGCUUCUUUCACACGGCUCUGAACUUCGCUGUGGCGCGGCCAUGAGUCCAGUGUUUGACUGGCAGCUCUACGCUUCAGCCUUUACUGAGCGAUACUUCGGAUUCCCUCUACAAAAUGAUCUCAAAUACAAGAUCUCCAGUCUCCUGCUGAACGUCACACGCUCUGAGAACUUACGCUUUCUGAUUCUACAUGGGACAGCAGAUGCGAAUGUUCAUUUCCAACACACUGCAGAACUAGUGAAGCUACUGUCUAUGAUUAACGUGAACUACAGGUCACAGAUUUUCCCCGAUGAGGGUCAUGAUGUCAUCAGCAGACGCUACACGCUGCACUCACUCGUCUCCUUCUACAAAGAGUGUUUUGCAGACAAUCUAUCUGUCCCCAUGGAAACCAGUGAUGACGACUAGCAUCAUUUAUGCCGAUCUGACCUAAACACCGAGACAGAGAGAGCAUUGAGUCUUAGGACAUGCUCCAAAUACUCAUUUGAUUUGUUAUUUGUAUUUUUCACCGUUUGUCCACACGAGCAUUGCAUCUGUAUUUAGCAGCAACGUGACUGAUGUCAUUAAAACCAUCAAGUAUUAUGGACUGAACUGAUCUACAGAUUAGGUUCAGAUAAUUAUAACAAACUUACCAUUUCUCUAGUUUUCUGGGCUCUUUCUUAUCCUCUUUUAUCAGCCAUCCUAUGAUCUCCAAAAGAGUAAGACUGUAAACAUCAGCGAGGCAUUCUGUCAGAGGAUGCUGAUUUCUUAUUUCAUCUGCGUUCAGGAGAAUUCACUCAAACUCUGUUUGCUGUUUGUUAGCAUGAGAAACUGAUGCUUGCUGCUGGACAAUGGUGCCCCAUAGUUGUGUCCAGUGUUUCUACUUUUUUCAUGUACAUUAUAAUGGCUUUCUUGUGUUGUAGAUCACAAAAUACCAAUUAAUUUAAAUGGUUUAAAGUC